GGGCAACUGGGCAUGCUCAGUAGCCAGGACAGGUUUUGGUCUCAAGUAGGCAGCCAGUGCAUUACACCGGCGUUAGGCAGUGAGGGAGCUAAGGAAAGGCAGCUGCAGCAAGAGGAGGAAGAAGAGGAAGAGGAGCAGGAAGAAAAGGAGGAAGAAUAGAGAAGGGGUGGGAGCAGCACUGAGGAAAACAGCCACCCCUGGGCGAAGGAAGAGUUUGUGGGGAGUGGACGGGUGGGUGGUGAAAAAGACUCCUUCCACUUCCAGUGUCUUGUGCCUGCUUUGGGAACAGAAGAGGAAGAAAAAUUUUAAAAGGAAAGAAAGAAAAAGAAAAGGAGUGAGGAGAGAAAGGGAGUAGGGGGAUAAAAGACGGUGGGAAAAGAAAAGGCAAGAAAGCGCUGCAGGGAAGGGAUCCCAGCAAGCCCGGGGGUGGUAGCGUGGAGCCGGCGCGGCUGCUUGGACAGGUGCCGCUGCCCCGGAGAAGAAGGCAUGUGACGCGGCGGCCGCCGCUGCCUGUCGGCAGAGCGCUCGCUAGACCUGGAGCCUACACCCCGGGUGGGGGACUGGUUCCCCUUCUUUCUUUAUUCCGUGUCCGCGGACUCUACAGAGCUUCGGGUUUGAUCAUGAAACGGAAUCUACAAAGCGUGAAUCUGGUUGGGCAUCUUGGUCCUAGGUCAUUUGCUCGUUGAUCCUACCUAGGACAGGAGGAGGAGGAGGCAGAAAGUGGGGUGACGAUUCUGGGCACCUUUGUGAGGGCACCGGAAGGGUCCUGAAAAGGCGGAGGUACCUGCAGUGCUCUAAGGUCCGGGCCACCAGAUAUGGAGGAUUAUAGAAGAGAUUUUAGCAAUGAGUUUUAUAGCAGAUUGUGGAUUGGAUGAACCAUAUUCAUUUGCAACAUGAUGUUUAGUACCAGGACUCUUCCCUGUCAUUGCCUUCAUAGGUUUCCUUCAAGAAGAGAAAUACAGCACAGUGCCUGGUCCAGUGGCUUGAUUUGAUGUUUCUACCUGGAACAUUUUAGGUGCAUUUACUAUGAGAUAGAGAGAUGGAAAAUAGCACAGUAUCAAGACUCCUCAAUUCACAGUUUGACACUCAGAGAAAAGGCUCAACCUUGUGCUUCACUGGUCUUGUCGUUAGUUGCUCGUGUUUACACAUCUGUAUCUCUCUAGGGAAGGGGGAAUGUACACUUAAUCAUCUGGAUUCUUCAAGUUCAUCAGUAAGUCUGAAUAUUUAUCUUUGAUGAUUUCACCAAACAUUUCAGCAAUCUUUAUCAUUAGUGAGUCAUUUCUUGACCUUUACAACUGGUUCUUCUGGGCUGAUUGGAAAAAACCACCUGUAUGAAGUAUCACUAGGAAGGUUCACAGAACGGAAGGAAGCUAUAGUCCCUGAAUGCAAGGAGCUGAUCUUCAAAAGAGAAGAAAUCAUACAAAACUCUGUGAAGUAGACAGUGCAAGCAUUACUGUGCUCACAAGGAAACUGAGGUCAAAAGAAGAUUGGCGACUUAUGGAAAACUAUGCCAGAGAGCCAUGAUGACCCUGCACAGUAACAAUACAACCUCUUCUUCAUUUGUUAACAUCAGUACUUCCUGGAACCAAGGCACCUCAGGCCCAGGUCUUCCCCCUCGCUAUGGCAGCUACAAUGUCUCUCAAGCCUCUGAGACUUUUUCCAGCAAUGCUACAGACAGCGACCCUCUUGGUGGUCACACCAUCUGGCAAGUGGUCUUCAUCGCCUUGUUGACUGGCAUCCUAGCCUUGGUGACCAUCAUUGGGAACAUUCUGGUGAUUGUGGCAUUUAAAGUUAACAAGCAGCUAAAGACGGUCAACAAUUACUUCCUCUUGAGCCUGGCUUGUGCCGAUCUGAUCAUUGGUGUUAUUUCAAUGAACCUUUUUACCACAUACAUCAUCAUGAACCGAUGGGCUUUGGGGAACUUAGCUUGUGACCUCUGGCUCUCUAUUGACUAUGUCGCCAGCAAUGCUUCGGUCAUGAACCUUUUGGUCAUCAGCUUUGAUCGGUACUUUUCCAUCACCAGGCCACUUACAUACCGAGCUAAACGAACAACCAAAAGGGCUUGUAUGAUGAUUGGCCUUGCUUGGAUCAUCUCCUUUAUCCUUUGGGCUCCUGCCAUAUUGUUCUGGCAGUACUUUGUUGGGAAAAGAACUGUUCCCCCGGGGGAGUGUUUCAUCCAGUUCCUCACUGAACCUACCAUUACCUUUGGCACUGCCAUAGCUGCCUUUUAUAUGCCUGUGACUAUUAUGACUAUUUUAUACUGGAGGAUCUACAAGGAGACUGAGAAACGUACCAAAGAGCUUGCAGGACUGCAGGCCUCGGGGAGUGAUGCAGAGGCUGCCCACUUUGUUAAUCCAACGGGCAGCUCUAGGAGCUGCAGCAGCUAUGAGCUCCAACAGCAAACCGUAAGACGCUCAAGCAGGAAGAAGUAUGGCCGCUGUCAUUUCUGGUUCACGACAAAGAGCUGGAAACCCAGUAGUGCUGAGCAGAUGGAUCAAGAGCAUAGUAGCAGCGACAGCUGGAAUAACAAUGAUGCUGCUGCCUCUCUUGAAAACUCUGCCUCAUCUGAUGAGGAAGACAUUGGCUCGGAGACAAGAGCCAUCUACUCCAUUGUGCUGAAGCUCCCAGGUCACAGCACGAUCUUGAACUCCACCAAAUUACCCUCAUCAGAGGACCUGCAAGGAUCAGAGGAGGACCUGCGAAAAGCUGACUUGGACAAGAAAGCUAACAAGCUACAAGCCCAGAAGAGCAUGGAGGAUGGAGGCAGCUUUAGGAAGAGCUUUGCCAAGCUUCCCAUUCAAUUAGAGUCAGCUGUGGAGACUGCCAAGACACCAGAGGCCAUUUCUUCUGUUGCUAAGACAACAGCAGCUCUGCCUCUUUCCUUCAAGGAGGCCACACUGGCCAAAAGAUUUGCCCUAAAGACCAGAAGUCAGAUCACUAAACGGAAAAGGAUGUCUCUUAUCAAGGAGAAGAAAGCGGCACAGACCCUCAGUGCAAUUUUGCUUGCCUUUAUCAUCACCUGGACUCCGUAUAACAUCAUGGUCCUGGUGAACACCUUUUGUGAGAGCUGCAUCCCUAAAACCUAUUGGAACCUGGGGUACUGGCUUUGUUACAUCAACAGCACAGUGAACCCCAUGUGCUAUGCACUGUGUAACAAAACAUUCAGAACCACAUUCAAGAUGUUGCUUCUAUGUCAGUGUGAUAAAAGGAAGAGGCGUAAACAGCAGUAUCAACAAAGGCAGUCAGUUAUUUUUCACAAGAGGGUACCACAGGAGGAUUCAUAAAAUGAAAAUUUUUUAAAACAACAGCAGCGACCAAACACACAUGCACUUCAACCCCAUAGACCUUCAGAAAGGGAGAGGGGGAAGACUUUUUUUUCUGGUAUUGAUAUUAGAUAUUUCAAUGUCCAGAUGUGAAAACCGCUGCCUGGCUGGUAUAUCCUUUUAGUAAACCUAUUUUAAUAUAAAAAGUCAAAUGCACAUUAAGCAAAAGAAAAAAAAUAUACUACUGAAUGGUAAAACAUUAACUCGGAAGUUGUUACUUUACCACUUUAAAUGGUUUUCCUAAAAAGGGAGGAAAGCAAAGCUGUACAGUAGUUAUAAAACCAUUAUUGACCUGCCCAGGUCCAUUGAGUCAUAUCAGCUCUGGGAACUCAGGUAAGCACAUCUAGCUGGCCUAAUUUCCAACUUCUUUCCAAGGAUCCUGCAAGUAUUGAUCUAGGCUCUUGGACAGAGGAGGCCAGCAAGAAGAUGGUUGUGAAAAGUUUUAACAUGUUACGAGGUGGCAUCUUGUUGUCCCAAUAGAGCUUCCUGUCUUCUUUUUGGUGUAUCCUUGUUAAACCCUACCUACCUGUGGACUUGAUCCUCCAUCCCUGCGGAGUACUGUUUUGUGCAGCUAAAGUUUCAUGUAUAUGAAAAUAAAUACAUAUAUACGUGUGGGUACAGAGCGCGCACACACAUUUAUAUAAUAUACUGGGAAAAAACAGAACUGGCAAAUUAUUCCUGCAAUACAUGAUUUCAGUAUUUUGGCAACUAAAGUUCUCUGGAAACCUAACACAACACAAAUGUACAACAUGAUCCAGAUGAAAGAGGCCUCAUUUAAUGCUUUUAAAUCAAGAUUGUUUUUAGGGGCCAUUCAGAGAACAGCAGAAUCCUAUCCAAAGUACACCCAGAUGAGGCCAGCAUUGUACAGCUGUGCCUAUUAGAUGCCCUCAUGUUCAGUCUGAGCAGCUAAGCAACAUCAGCAGAUCUGUGGAGAUUAGUGGUCUCAAGACCAUCUGAGUCCAGAUCAGCCAAGAAAAUCAACCUCUUCUGGGCUCUAGCACCCCACAAUGAGGACUGGGUAGCCAGCUGCAUUGGUUUAAAGCUUUCUGUACCUGUGCUAAGGUCCAGGCCCCUUGGAUCUCAAAGAAUGAAUUGCAACACAGUGUUUUUUGAGUUCUCCACAGUCUCAAAUCUGAGCUUGCGGCUAAACAAAAUUUCUGUGAUAUGCUUGAAACUUGACAUUAGUGACAUGGCUGUCUGGGUCUCAUCAAUUGCAAUAUUCUGGUAAUAAUAAAAGGAAAAGUUGUUUGUUUGUUUUUAAAAAAAAGAAGAGGAAAAUGAAUGAAAAAAAGAAAUUGUUUUGGUUUUGUUACCUGGCAUUUUCUGAUGAAAAUUUAUUAAAUAAAUUAAAGGGCUUAAAUCUGUGUCACUUAGACAUUGCCAGUGUUUCCUGGGCUUGAACAUGUGAUCAGCACCCAAAUAAUGGGUGGGCUCUAUAAAACUUACAUGUCCUCUAAGGAAAGGACUAUAUUUUGAAAAGUAUUGCUUCUAAUCUGAUUUAUUUACAUUUUGAGAAAUAAUUUUUUAUUUUCCUUUGACCAAAAUUAUAUAAGUUUUGUUUUG